AUGAUCGCCCCGAUAAAGACGGAUUCCAAGGACUGCCCCAGCCCUCUACAUCCCUAUGGGAGCCCCCAUGAUGGCAGCCCAAGGAAGCCAUCCACCCAAUCACCCAUCCAUCCAUCUACCCACCAUCCACUCAUCCAUCCAUGUGUCCAUCCACCCACCCACGCAUCCACCCACCUAUCCAUCCACCCACCCAUCUACCCAACCAUACACCCACCAUCCAUCCAUCCAUCCAUACACCCACCCAUCCACCUGUGCACCCACCUAUCCAAUCAUACAUCUACCAUUCACCCAUCCACGCAUCCAUCCAUCCAUCCACCCAGCAUCCACUCAUCCAUCCACCCAAUCAUCCACCAUCCACCCACCUAUUCAUCCAUCCACCCACCUAUUCAUCCAUCCACCCAUGUGUCCAUCCACCCAUAC